CCCUUCGAGUACAUGAUCCUGGCGACCAUCAUUGCCAACUGCAUCGUGCUGGCCCUCGAGCAGCACCUCCCUGAGGAUGAUAAGACGCCCAUGUCACGGAGAUUAGAGAAGACGGAGCCCUACUUCAUCGGGAUAUUCUGCUUCGAGGCUGGGAUUAAGAUCGUGGCUUUGGGGUUCGUUUUCCACAAGGGCUCGUACCUGCGCAACGGCUGGAACGUCAUGGACUUCAUUGUGGUCCUCAGCGGCAUCCUUGCCACCGCUGGGACGCACUUCAACACCCACGUGGACCUGCGGACUCUGCGGGCCGUGCGCGUGCUCAGACCUCUGAAGCUUGUCUCGGGCAUUCCCAGCCUGCAGAUUGUGCUGAAAUCUAUCAUGAAGGCCAUGGUGCCUCUCCUCCAGAUUGGCUUGCUGCUCUUUUUUGCUAUCCUCAUGUUUGCCAUCAUUGGCCUGGAGUUUUACAGUGGGAAGCUGCACCGAGCCUGCUACACAAACAAUUCAGGUGAACUAGAGGAGCUGGACCCCCCCCAUCCGUGUGGGGUGCAGGGUUGCCCCCCAGGCUAUGAAUGCCGGGAGUGGAUCGGUCCCAAUGACGGGAUCACGCAGUUCGACAACAUUCUCUUUGCUGUGUUGACCGUCUUCCAGUGCAUCACCAUGGAAGGGUGGACCACAGUCCUGUACAAUACCAAUGAUGCCUUAGGAGCCACCUGGAACUGGCUGUACUUCAUCCCCCUCAUCAUCAUUGGAUCCUUCUUUGUCCUCAACCUUGUCCUGGGAGUGCUGUCAGGGGAGUUUGCCAAAGAGCGUGAACGAGUGGAGAACCGUCGAGCCUUCAUGAAGCUGCGGCGCCAGCAGCAGAUCGAGCGCGAGCUCAAUGGCUACCGGGCCUGGAUAGACAAAGCAGAGGAAGUCAUGCUGGCUGAAGAGAACAAAAAUUCUGGAACCUCAGCCUUAGAAGUGCUCAGGCGAGCCACCAUCAAAAGGAACCGGACGGAUGCCAUGAACCGUGAUUCGAGUGACGAGCACUGUGUUGAUAUCUCCUCCGUGGGCAACCCCUUGAGUCACUCUGGCCUCAAAGGCGCCAGAGUGGAUGGUGCCUCCUACUUACGGCACAAGGAGCGACUCCUGCGCAUCUCUGUUCGCCACAUGGUGAAAUCCCAGGUCUUCUACUGGAUCGUCUUGAGCCUGGUGGCUCUCAACACUGCCUGUGUGGCCAUCGUACAUCACAACCAGCCAGCCUGGCUCACUCACUUCCUCUACUAUGCAGAGUUCCUGUUUCUUGGGCUCUUCCUCCUGGAGAUGUCCUUAAAGAUGUAUGGGAUGGGGCCGCGCCUUUACUUCCAUUCUUCCUUCAACUGCUUUGACUGUGGGGUCACAGUGGGAAGCAUCUUUGAAGUGGUUUGGGCUAUCUUCAGGCCAGGAACCUCUUUCGGGAUCAGUGUCCUACGAGCCCUUCGUCUCCUGCGAAUAUUUAAAAUAACCAAGUACUGGGCAUCCCUGAGGAAUUUGGUGGUCUCGCUGAUGAGCUCCAUGAAAUCUAUUAUCAGCCUGCUCUUCCUCCUCUUCCUCUUCAUUGUAGUCUUUGCCCUGCUGGGAAUGCAGCUGUUUGGAGGCAGGUUUAACUUCAUCGAUGGGACACCAUCGGCCAACUUUGAUACUUUCCCUGCAGCCAUCAUGACGGUGUUCCAGAUCCUGACGGGUGAGGACUGGAACGAGGUGAUGUACAAUGGCAUCCGCUCCCAAGGAGGUGUUCGCUCAGGCAUGUGGUCCUCCAUCUAUUUCAUCGUCCUCACCUUGUUUGGAAACUAUACUCUGCUGAAUGUGUUCUUGGCCAUUGCGGUGGACAACCUGGCCAACGCUCAGGAGCUCACCAAGGAUGAGCAGGAGGAAGAGGAGGCCUUUAACCAGAAGCAUGCCCUUCAGAAAGCCAAAGAAGUCAGCCCCAUGUCUGCCCCGAACAUGCCUGCUAUCGAAAGAGACAGGCGAAGGAGACACCACAUGUCGAUGUGGGAGCCACGCAGCGGCCACCUGCGUGAGCGUCGGCGUCGGCACCACAUGUCGGUGUGGGAGCAGCGCACCAGCCAGCUGCGCCGGCACAUGCAGAUGUCCAGCCAGGAGGGCAUCAACAAGGAGGAGCCGCCCCUCAUCAACCCCCAUGCCAGCAUCUUCCGCAGGAAGAAACCAGGGGACGGCGUCACCCUGGAGAAAUGCGCCGAGGAGCAGGGCAGCAAGGGUGAGCGGCCGCCGGCCGAGGGACUCGAGCAGCCAGCCCCAGGAGCCAACCCUGGCGGUGGUGAGGACAGGAGGAGCCCAUCGCCCCGGGCCAAGAGAGACAAGGAGGCGUGGCACCAGAAAUCGUGCCAUGGGAACUGUGAGCCGGGCGAGCAGGACGGGGCAGGAGGCGGCAUCGAGGAUCGGGCCCGGAUGAGGCAGAGCCAGCGGCGCAGCCGGCACCGCAGAGCCCGGAUGGAGGGGAAGGAGCUGACCAGUGCCCUGGGGAGCCGCUCAGCCAGCCAGGAGAUGGGUCUGGAGGAGGCCAGCCCCACGGAGGGGGCGCAGGAUGGGGACCAGCAUGGGGAUGUUGCCGCAGCAGAGGCGUUGAUUCAGGGGGAGCCAGAGGCGAGUGAGGAGCCCGUCAGGUUCGUACCUGGGGAGGGCAUUGUGCAGUUCCGAUUGCUCCUUGUCCUCUCCUCUUAUCUUCUCACACCUCUUUUUCUCCCACAUCCCUUCUGCAGGACAAAUGGGGUCCCUGCUGGUGAUGUUGAGCUGGGGAAGAUGGGCAGCCUGAUGGAGCAGGACUGCAGCAGCCUGGACACCAGUGAGCAAGCGCUGCUAGAGGCCAGCCACACCGUCAGCCGGAGCGAGCCCGACCUCUCCUCCAUCACCCCCAACACCGAGAAGGCCACAGAGAGCACCACCAUCAUGAUUGAUGUCCACGACUCCACUGUGGUACAGAUUAGCAACAAGACAGACGGCGAAGCCAGCCCCUUAAAGGAGGCUGAGACAAAAGAGGAUGAGGAGGAGAUGGAGAAGAAGAAACGGAAGAAGGAGAAAAGUGAGACGGGCAAAGCAAUGGUGCCACACAGCUCCAUGUUCAUCUUCAGCACCACCAACCCGGUGCGGAGGGCUUGCCACUACAUCGUGAACCUGCGCUACUUUGAGAUGUGCAUCCUUCUGGUGAUAGCCGCCAGCAGCAUCGCCCUCGCGGCAGAGGAUCCCGUCCUCACCAACUCCGACCGCAACAAAGUCCUGAGGUAUUUUGACUAUGUCUUCACUGGUGUCUUCACCUUCGAGAUGGUUAUCAAGAUGAUCGAUCAGGGCUUGAUCCUGCAGGAUGGCUCCUAUUUUCGAGACCUCUGGAACAUCCUGGAUUUCAUUGUCGUGGUGGGAGCGCUGGUGGCUUUUGCCUUGGCGAAUGCUUUGGGGACCAACAAGGGCCGGGAUAUCAAGACCAUCAAGUCUCUCCGUGUGCUACGGGUCUUGAGACCCCUGAAAACCAUCAAGCGGCUGCCUAAGCUGAAGGCCGUCUUUGACUGCGUGGUGACUUCCCUCAAGAACGUUUUCAACAUCCUCAUUGUCUACAAGCUCUUCAUGUUCAUCUUUGCUGUCAUUGCCGUCCAGCUUUUCAAGGGGAAGUUUUUCUACUGCACUGACAGCUCUAAGGACACGGAGAAGGAUUGCAUAGGGAACUAUGUGGACCACGAGAAGAACAAGAUGGAAGUGAAGUGCCGGGAAUGGAAACGCCAUGAGUUUCACUACGACAAUAUCAUCUGGGCUUUGCUCACCCUGUUCACAGUCUCCACCGGCGAGGGUUGGCCCCAGGUGCUGCAGCAUUCAGUGGACGUGACGGAGGAGGACCGUGGGCCCAGCCGCAGCAACCGCAUGGAGAUGUCCAUUUUUUAUGUUGUCUAUUUUGUGGUCUUUCCUUUCUUCUUUGUCAACAUUUUCGUGGCUCUCAUCAUCAUUACGUUCCAAGAGCAAGGAGACAAAAUGAUGGAGGAGUGCAGUCUGGAGAAGAAUGAGAGGGCCUGUAUUGACUUUGCCAUCAGUGCCAAGCCCCUCACGCGGUACAUGCCACAGAACCGGCACACCUUCCAGUACCGCGUCUGGCACUUUGUGGUCUCCCCAUCCUUCGAGUACACCAUAAUGGCCAUGAUAGCAUUGAACACCGUGGUGCUGAUGAUGAAGUACUACUCUGCUCCGUACACCUACGAGCUGGCCCUGAAGUACCUGAACAUUGCGUUCACUAUGGUGUUCUCCUUGGAGUGCGUCCUCAAGAUCAUUGCUUUCGGCUUCCUGAAUUAUUUCCGGGACACUUGGAAUAUCUUUGACUUCAUCACUGUCAUUGGAAGCAUUACAGAGAUCAUCCUGACGGAUACCAAGCUGGUGAACACCAGCAGCUUCAACAUGAGCUUCCUGAAGCUUUUCCGCGCUGCUCGGCUCAUCAAGCUGCUGCGCCAGGGUUAUACCAUCCGCAUCCUGCUCUGGACGUUCGUGCAGUCCUUCAAGGCCCUCCCCUAUGUCUGCCUCUUGAUCGCCAUGCUUUUCUUCAUCUACGCGAUCAUUGGGAUGCAGGUUUUUGGCAAUAUCAAACUAGAUGAGGAAAGCCACAUUAACCGGCACAACAACUUCCGCAGCUUCCUGGGCUCCCUCAUGCUCCUCUUCAGGAGUGCCACGGGAGAAGCAUGGCAGGAGAUCAUGCUGUCCUGCCUGGAGGGCAAAGGCUGCGAGCCAGACACGACGGCGACGUCUGGGCAGAACGAGAACGAGCGCUGCGGCACUGACCUGGCCUACGUUUACUUUGUCUCCUUCAUCUUCUUCUGCUCUUUCCUGAUGCUCAACCUGUUUGUGGCAGUCAUCAUGGACAAUUUUGAAUACUUGACUCGGGAUUCCUCCAUCCUGGGACCUCACCAUCUAGAUGAGUUUGUCCGGAUCUGGGCAGAGUAUGACAGAGCAGCGUGUGGCCGAAUCCAUUACACUGAGAUGUAUGAAAUGCUGACUCUUAUGUCACCACCGCUAGGCCUCGGCAAGAGAUGUCCUUCCAAAGUGGCCUAUAAGAGACUGGUGCUGAUGAAUAUGCCCGUGGCCGAGGACAUGACGGUCCAUUUUACCUCCACCUUGAUGGCACUGAUACGCACGGCCUUGGACAUCAAAAUUGCCAAAGGUGGUGCAGAUUGGCAGCAGUUAGACUCCGAGCUUCAAAAGGAGAUCCUGACCAUUUGGCCUCACCUGUCCCAGAAGAUGCUUGACCUGUUGGUACCCAUGCCAAAAAACUCUGACCUGACUGUUGGCAAAAUAUAUGCAGCCAUGAUGAUCAUGGAUUACUACAAGCAGAGCAAAGCAAAGAAGCAGAGGCAGCAGCUGGAGGAGCAGAAAAAUGCCCCCAUGUUCCAGCGCAUGGAGCCGUCCUCCUUGCCACAGGAAAUCAUCUCAAACGCGAAGGCUCUGCCUUACCUCCAGCAAGACACACUCUCGGGUCUGAGCGGCCGAAGUGGGUUCCCCUCGCUGAGCCCUCUCUCGCCACAGGAGAUCUUCCAGCUGGCGUGCAUGGAUCCGGCCCACGGGCAGUUCCAGGAGCACCAGUCUCUGGAGCCAGAGGUUAGGGAGUUUCAAAGAGUGCAGCCCUCUAACCGUGGCAGCUACCUUCCUGUGGACACUCAGGACCACGCUGUCUCUGGGAGGGCCUCCUCCAUGCCUCGUCUCACUGUGGAUCCCCAGGUGGUGACAGACACCAGCUCGAUGCGGCGAUCGUUUUCCACUAUCCGGGACAAGCGCACCAACAGCUCCUGGUUGGACGAGUUCUCCAUGGAGCGCAGCAGUGACAAUACCUACAAGUCCCGCCGGCGCAGCUACCACUCCUCACUCCAGCUCUCUGCCCGGCGUCUCAAUGCCGACUCAGGCCACCGGUCCGACGGGCAUCGCUCGGGCGGCAGGGAGCGGGGACGAUCCAAAGAGCGCAAGCACUUGCUGUCCCCCGAUAUCUCCCGCUGCAACUCUGAGGAGAGGAGUCCCCAGGCACACGACGAGUCACCAGAGCGGCGGCGCGAGUCCCGGUCACCCAGCGAGGGCAGGUCACAGACACCCAACAGGCAGGGAACGGGCUCCCUGAGCGAAAGCUCCAUCCCCUCCAUCUCGGACACCAGCACACCCCGGAGAGGCCGCCGCCAGCUCCCACCAGUGCCCCCCAAACCGCGUCCCCUCCUCUCCUAUGCCUCCAUGCUGCGGCACGCCGGAGACUCCUCGCCACCUGCCGAGGAGAGCGAGGGGGGCUCCCCGCUCCUCUCCUCCACCCUGGAGCCCAACGCUGCUGGCCUGACCGAGUCUUCCAGCUCCCCGGCGGGGAAGCAGAGCCGACAGUCCACGCCGCAACGGUACAUCUCGGAGCCCUACCUGGCCCUGCACGACGACUCACAUGCCUCAGACUGCGGUGAGGAGGAGACGCUCACCUUCGAG